CGAUAAUCUUACCACAUACCUAGCAUGUCCGAGAUUUGUUCCCCCCAAGAUUCAUCCGCACUGCCAUCGCCGAAGGCGAGCACCGCUGUCAACCCCGAACAUGUGGAAACUGUGAAGAGGGAGAAAGUAAAGGGCGAGGCGGCAAACACUUCCCAGCAAGUGACGCCCGUGUGUUUGGACAACAUGACCCCUACAAAGAGGGAGCUUUCCGUCUUUAUUUAUUCCUUCAUAUAGAUUAGGUGGAGCUUGAACAAUUGAAUGAAGGGCUACUAUCAUUAUAUAAAGGAUUGUAGAUAGACUUUUGCAAACUUCAGCGCUAUAUGCUCAGCCUAAAUUCGUAUAGUCUCAAUAGCUGUUCUUUUAGAAAUGAAAUUGUAUAGGUGUUACUUUGUGGUGUAGAAAAGCCUUUAAGAGCCAAAUAU